AAAGAAAUAAGGCACGUGGCGUUGACGUUUGAUUUGGUAAUCACAACUUAAAGAAAGGAAAGGAGCGACGGCGAGGAAAAGGUGAAGAAGAAGAAGAAGACGAGCAAGGGAGAAAGAAAGUGAGAUGGCGGUAAGCGCAACGGUGAUUGGUGCACUGCUGGGGCUGGGAACCCAGAUGUAUUCCAACGCCCUCCGCAAGCUCCCUUACAUGCGACAUCCGUGGGAGCACGUGUUGGGGAUGGGACUGGGAGCAGUGUUCGUGAAUCAGCUGGUGAAAUGGGACGCUCAGCUCCAACAAGACCUCGACAAAAUGCUCGAAAAGGCCAAGGAAGCCAACGAGCGCCGCUACUUCAAUGAAGAUGAUGAUUGAUGCUUUCCCCUAUCAUCAGAUAAAGACACUUAUGCACCAGGCAACUGUGGUCAUACUCAUAAAACUGGUUCAGAUUGUGGGUGAUGGAUAAUUUUGGAUUGUGCGUUUGUUUUCUAGGCUGUUGAACUCUUCUUCGUUUGCUUUUUUUGUUAUAAGCUUCUGAGUCCAAACUGGCUAGUGCAAGUGCUCUUCUUGUAAUAAUUGAAAAAUAAUUUAAAGAAAUUGCACUGAUUUUUGAGCUGCAGAGUUUCUUAAGUA